AAGGGACAGGAGACCAGACGGAAGGAAGACAAGAGGCAGACUUCCCAGCUCCAGCAGAACCCCCCAACCUCACCAUGCACGGCAAGAGUGUGAUCCUACGCAGCUCCGGAAACCUGACUGCAGCUGAACUGGGUUGCCAAGUAUCCGAGAGGGACACGGCGCGGAAGGAAACCUUCUCGGCGGAAUGGAAAGACCUGUCGCUGAGCACCAGGCCUGAGGAAGGCUGGUUGUGGUCCGAGGUAGACCGGCGGCGCAAGGAGACCUACCACCAGCAACAGGAGGCCCGCGUCGUGGUGCAACGUUCUCCGUGGGGCAUCCUCCGCCUCGGGCUCCUGGGUGAACCCCUGGCCUCCUACCACCUGCCCUACCAGCGGGCCUUGCCUUUGCCCAUCUUCUCUCCGGCCAAGCUGAGUGGCAAGGCCGAGCGGGAGCUGACGCUGACCCCGUCCGAGUCGGUGGAGUCCUUGUCCUCCACGGGCGUGUGCCUCGACAAAAUACCCCUGGGCGAGAUCACCAAGGAGUUGCCGCUCGUCGUCCAGCCCAGCCGCCCCGACUUCAGGAAAGCAGGCCUGCCUCGCUCGCUGUCUCGCUCCAUGUCUCAAGAUGCCCAGAGGGGGUGAAGCGGCGAGACACCCCC